AAUUAAGGUAAUGCACCCUCUGUCACCCCUGUCCACCCCCUGUUGUCACCCCUCUGUUACCCUCUUUCAAACUUGUCCACUUUCCUGUCAUCCAUGUCCACCUUUUCCACCCCUGUCACCCAUGUUCACCACCCCUCUGUCCCUUUGUCAUUCCUGUCCACCCUUCUUUCACCCCUUACGUCCCCCUGUCACCCAUGUACACUCUUCUACACCCAUCUGUCACCCAUGUACACUCCUCUACACUCCUGUUACCCAUGUACAUCCCUCUGUCACCCACUACACCUCCCUGUCACCUAUGUACAAUCUUCUACGCCCAUGUACACCCCUCUGUCAACCCCUACGCCCCCGUCACACAUGUACAAUCUUCUACACCCAUCUGUCACCCAUGUACAUCCCUCAACACCCCUCUGUCACCCAUGUACACUCAUCUGUCAACCCCUACGCCCUGUCACCUAUGUACACUGUUCUACACCCAUCUUUCAACCAUAUACACCCCUCAACACCCCUCUGUCACCCAUGUACACUCCUCUACACCCCAAACACCCCUGUUAACCAUGUAUACCCUUCUGUCACCACCUAUGCCCCUGUCACCCAUGUACACUCUUUUACACCCCUCUGUUACCCCUUUACACCUAUACGCCCCCCUGUCACCCAUGUACACUCUUCUACAACCAUCUGUCAGCCAUGUAUACCCCACAACACCCCUCUGUCACCCAUGUGCACUCCUCUACACCCCUCUGUCACCCAUGCACACACUUCUACACCCCUCUGUCAUUCAUGUGCACCCCUCUACACACCUGUCAUCCAUGUACACUGUUCUACACCCCUCUGUCACCCAUGUGCACUCUUCUACAACUAUCUGUCACCCAUGUACACUAUUCUACACCCUUCUGUUACCCCUUUACACCUAUAUGCCCCUGUAUUCCUCUUCACUUGUAAAAGGAGAAUCUGGAAACUGAUGCAGGAAAAGUGCGGAGCCUAAUAGGUUUGUUUUGCAGGUCUAAUGGUGAAGAAUUGUGGCUGGAAAAAAUCGUUAUGAUGACCCGGAGAAAAGAAGGGAACGAUUCUGAUUUAAGAAGAUGUCACUUGGGUUCCCCGAGCUGAAAAAGGUUUGGAACCACUGCUUUAGGGCAUCGGACAGUAUACUCAAUUGUGUUUAAUCCAUAAAUAUGGCUGUCCUGAAGCAAAUUCUCCAAAUUGUCCUGAAACUAUCAUAUAAAGGACAUAGAAAAAUGUGAUUCCUGAGUUUCUUAAUAGCGAAUAUACACCUAAAAAGGUACCAUUAAGAAGACAGCCCAAAACUAAAUAUUAAAGAGGUUUGCCCACUUUAGUAAGUGCUAGC